AUGUCUGAGGUUGAAGAGCCCCAUCGUCAUGGAUCUGGGCCGCAGAAGGUCUCGGUUGGUCAGUACUCUUGUCAGAAAUGUAAAAAUCCGAUAUAUCUUACGGCGGAUCUUGAACAGCUACGAGGCCCUGAUUUGUCUUCCAUUAUUGGUAGGACUCUUCGUUUGCAUCUUUUGGCUCUAAAAUAUAUUGGUUCAUUCCCUCCGCCUUACUCCUAAGUAAUUUAAGUUAUUCAAGAGUGCUAGUUUUUUCUUCCCUGAACUAUUGUAUUGGUGAAAUUGUUGUGUAUAGCCUUUAUUGGGGCAGGCUAAUUGAUCCGCUUGCAAGCGUAAAAAUGACCUGUCUCAUUCUUCAGGUUAAGUAAUGCAACAGGCUAUUUCUCAUAGUGAAAUUUCUGGGAGGAUUGCUUAUCGCCAUUUUCUGCAGUUCUCUCGGCAACACUGUCACUUCACAUUGUAAUAUCUCACUCUUAAAAAGUUGGACAAUUGUUAAAACGGCGUGCCUGUUGGGGGGACUGAAUGUCCCAAAUAAAUAGAACUGAUUCUUCUCUUCCUUGCACUUCCAUACAUACCGCGGAAUUCGAAUAAGGAAUCAGGGAUAGCAUAUGGGAAUCUGAGUGAACUACUGGGUUCCGACGGCUUUGUAUGGAUUAGUCAAAAAAACUGAAUUUUGGGGAAAUUCCAGAACCGACCUCAGGGGAGUAAUAGGGUAAAUUUGUGUCUUUAUGACUCGUUUGAACUCCACUGCUAUGCUGUGAAACUCUUAGUCAACAUUAAUAUGCAGGUAGAAGCGUGUCUUAUUGGGGAUCUCAGAAAUACCUAGCUUGGCUACAUGUUACCACAACUCCAUUCUGAAUCACCAGACGCCUACGGACGCUGGCACGCAAUUCCUGCUAUCUGCAUAUGUGUUUUUCCUUGUGCUUGCAUGAGUAAGUGAGGUUCCAACGUAUGCCAGGAAGAACAGCCGACUGCAAGUAAAGCCACAGCAUUGCGGCAUUCUAUCGUCUUCUUAUUUGCCGACGGCAUUUACUUUCCAAGGUUUCCAACAGUAUAAAGGUUAAACUGCCGCUUCUUAUGACUUUAUUACGUUUCUCACUUCCAUCAUCAAAGAAACCUUAAUCAAUGUCUUACUAUUUCCGUAAUCCAGGUGAAGAGAUUUCCAUCUGUGGCAGCUUUUCUCCUGACCAACAGACGUCACCUUCAUUAACCAUGUACGUAAUGGUUAUUCGUUUCUCCAUCUAGGCCAACAGGCAUCCUUAUUCAUGUUUGGGCUAGGUUUUUAUGUAUUUUGCGCGGUGGAUAUCAAGUGUUUUCCUCUAAUUUAUCCCGAUUUUGUUGGUCACCAAACGCCAUUGCUGAAUCAUAAUGGCCACUGCUGUGUUAGCAGGCAUGGUGUCGCUCCUCUUACGUCCGCUCAUAAAGAAUGUCUAGGCUUGCUCUAGAAUUAUGACACUUCUCAGCAUUUACGGUCAUUGCAGUGAAAAUCGCCCUAGUUCGCAGGGAUGAUGGUCACCAAACUGAUAACGAAUAUCUCGUUGUGGCUAGCUGUCUGUAUUGUCAGCAGUUUUUGUAAAAAGGAUUGUUUUCCAAACGGACGACAGGGGCGUCAGCAGACAGAUCCCUUUCCUUUCAGACGUCGCAAAUGGUGAAGCUGUUUGGAUAAAUAUCGACCUGGGCGGUGCUUUCUGUCAAAUCGGUCAGACAGUGGUGAAUUGUAGGCACGCGUGUCCCUUGGCUGAGUAGACUGAGACCUCGUGAAUCGGUAGCAUAGGAUCUGACGGAGAGUCCAACAGAGCAAUUUCUUCGUACUGUUGAUAGCCACUACCCGUACGCUGAAUCACAGUCAUCCUCUUGCUAGUAUUUGCCCUAGACUUUUCAAAGUACUUUGUUCCAUCGCCACAAAUAGGUUGGCGCACCCUCGUUGCUCGCGGAUUCGGGCAACCGGCACGUACAUUAUAUUUACCAGAUGGAAAUUAUCGAUAACAAUCCUGCCCAAGCACGGCCUUGGUCAGAUAGGACAUGGAUGGACACGAGGAAAGCGGUUUGCGUGCCCGAAGCUUCAACUGGCUACCCUUCUUGUUAGAGUCUACUGCCUGCCGAAUGCAGUAAGAGACAGCAGUCCGACAUGCAGCUACUUUACGAGGUAUAGGCGGCCGUCUCCACAAUCCUGAGUUAGUACACAACCGUAAGACCGACCCCCGUACUAAUAGAAGUUGCGCAAUUAUUUACUCGCAAAAGGGCCAAUGGAACGGUAAUUCAAUUUAAUGCUCGGAAAACGUCUCGCCUGCGAGCCCUACGCUGUGGCUAAUCGACUUGGAGUUUUUCUGGUGAGCAUUUCCUUUCCUCAGGUUUCGUGGGGUUUGUGCAGGGACUGAAGGGCGCAUACUUUUCCCCUUGAAGUCCUGUCUUCGAAGUGAUGUCAUGAACAAUAUACCUCUUCGAAUCUGCAACAUCCUUAUUGCCAAUCACCUCAUCUUACAAAACCUAGGGGGUGUCCAACUGCUGGCGAGUUUCUUCGGAAUCCGCUAGCUUAUUCAACUUUUCCGCUUACUAGUUUACUCUCAACCGCGCACCACUGCGCAUUCAAUGACUAACAAGGCAUUUUCCCUCCCAUAGGCGACGGCCUACUCCACAGGAUGGUUAUAAGCAACCAUCGCUGUUUCGCUCCCCCCAUCCGUCAACCUCGGCCUCCAGCAUGGACCACCGCCUGCAGGUGAGUUCCGCCACCCAUUUGGACCUGAGAAAGUCCUCUAGUCUACUACGCCCACUUCACAGCUUACCCAACCCCCCUCCCCCCCCCCCCCAUAGUUAUGCUAUAACCUACGUAUUCUCGUGCGUCUGGAUGGGAGGAAAGGUCUAGGGGGAAGAAGGACUUCAGAGUUCCCCACGUUUUAGGUUUAUUUUCUGAACCUCUUACGUCCUCUCGUCCACUUGAAAGCCGGAGGGGGGGGGGAGUUGAAAAAAUAAAAUACAGAUUCAAGGGCAUUUAUGAAGUUAACGCUUAAUGUGAACGGGACCGCUGCUGGGGCAUUAACCUCUGAAAUAAUCUGAAGGCCUUUAGUUUAACUGGAGCAAAUAGUGUUAGAUAGUUUAUCAGUUCCUUUGAAAGCGAAUAUAUGAGGCACAUCCUUGAAACUAAACUCGUCUGUCUGGAAACCAGUCAUUCUGCGAAGAAUUCGUGAGUUACUUUUUGAGGAGCCCACACUGGCUUUCUAGAUGACACCCACACCCCUGUUUCCACAGAGGUUAACUAAUGGUAUUGUGAUCAAUGCUGCCCAGAAAUACAUAGCGGGGAGCUAAGUUAGGUUACUUCGGAGAAUGUCGAUCGUCAUAAGGAAUGUCUUUUUCAUUUGUUUGAUUCUUCUGUCGACAUACUUUUAGUAUGCAGGCAAAAGUACUCAAAUAUUUCCGUUUUUGCUGGUUUUCGAGCAUUUAUUUAGUCGGUUUGAAAACGCUACCUACUCACUCAUGUUCGUUUUCGGUUCUUGACCCGACGUCUUCUGAUAUUUGGUUUUACUGCCUCUGCAGGUUAAUGCCUAUCUCUUUGACAUUCUGAGUGGAAGAGUCAAACCCAAUCAUCCCAUGUGUCAGGAAUGUGCAGAUAUUCUCAUCCACACCCAGAAGCAGUUGCUGGAUUUCCAAUUGGAUGAACUGUCCUGUCUACAGUGCGUCCACUCCCAUUCCCAGAAGUUGUAUUCUACUUCUUCUGCCCUAUUCUCCUGAACUCAAUCUUUUUCCCGCCACCAGAUCCUAUCUUAGUCAACUGAACGCCAAGUCUGCCUCGUCCUCCGCUUCCAAGGACCAACGGACUGCCAGCGUGACGGCGGACAGUCCAACUGCCAUAUUUUCCGACCAGGGUCGCGUUUUCUUUCCGUCUGAGUCUUCGUGCGCAGGAUUGGCAGCACCGUCCCCGUCUGCUGUACCAGAAGAAAUCUCGCCGGACGUGCCGAAUGAGAGCUCAUGUUCCUCCUUCGCUCGCUACCACUCACCGGACACCCCAAAUACCCCAGCCAAGACGCCGGGUCUUCCAAGCAUCGAUCCACCCGUCUUCCGCUGUAGCAUCGGCAACUCAGAUCUCGAUCUCUCGCCCGAGGAGGCCGAACUAGCUUCUCUACAAGAGGAAUUAGCUCGAGUUCUGAGCGAGUCGAAACUCCUGGAUGAGCAAAUCGAACGGGACUCGGUAGAAUUACAGCUCCGGCAGGAAGAGCUGGACCGGUAUGUUUCCGGCCCCUGCCAACGUAAUAAAUUCUUCCCCAGAGCUCUUGUGCUCUCGUGAAGAGUCGUUCUAGGCUCCCACUUAUCGCCUUUUCUGUGCAGUUUUUAUUUGCACUGGAACAAACGGUAUCCGAAUCCCAGAUCUUUUCGACCUGGGAAUUGGUUAGUGGCCAAUUGAGGGGGCCAACUAUGGUAGAGGGGCGCUCACGGAUCAUGUUACGGAACUCACUCGUCCGGUUGUGCCUUAAGGCUCUCUCUCGAGUCCAACCAGCAACGGCCUAGCGGCGCGUAAUAUAGGCAGAAUAACAUUACUGACAAAGACAAGGGAGACUGGAAUGGCUAUUUCUGGCUUAUUAGCCAGCCAUGCCCACCUAUACCAGAGACGAUCGUUCCAAUCUACCGUUUCUUCGCCAUUUACUCUUGAUCAUUGAUCUUCGUGCGCCCAUCGGCGAGGAUCUAGCUUAGAUUUCCGAAGCAAACGUGCACACCCGUACUCCGGCAUACAAUCAGACCUAGUUUGUUAUCGCCACUCCGAUGGUAAUAGUAGCUUUUGUCGCGUUUUCUUCUAUCUGGACGCGGGCCAAAUGCUCACCUUUCUGGUGUCCACUCUUCAUAUUGUCUUCCCCUUUGACGAAGAUGAUGUAUUCUGAAACUUUGAUUGUCUGGCAACAAUCUGGUUGUCCUUAUGCAGGGUUCCCCAGCUGUCGUCUUGCAAAUUUAAUCUGUUUCCUUCUCUUAAUUGUCUGUUUGCUACGGCUUCUGGUGUAUUUCCGCGACCUCGAGGUCCGCAGUGUUCCGUCUUGUUGCCUUCUGCACUCCACUUUUAACCUCCAUCUUUCCGUUCUCAAAGUCACUUUCUAUUCCGUCACGCACGUUUUGCCUCUACCAGUGCCACAAGCGAAUACAACGAAAACAAGCUCACUCUCCUUGAGGCUGAGGAAUCGUUGGGUGUGCUCGAAGCGCGUCUUCGCGACGCACGCUACCAAUUUGAGCGGCUUCGCCGAACCAACGUCCUCAAUGCUGCCUUCCCCAUCUGGUAUGAUGGCCACAUUGGCAUGAUUAAUGGGCUGCACCUAGGACGCCUUCCCAACAAACCGGUUAGUUGACGCUCUAUCCAUUGUCCCACCCCAACUUGCUUUCUUUCAGAUAGCGUGUUUACCCGCUCACUUCCUUAGGUUUAUUCGAGAAGAUUAGUUGGUUUUACAGGACCGAUUGUUGUUGGCCUCUGUUCGAAAGUUUUCUCUGGACUGUUCAGGAGGCUCCGAUCAGAAUUUUUGCUUUGUCCUUGUUGGUUCUGUCGCAUCCAAGAAGUUUCUGUAUUGGACGCAGCGUACGAACAUAUGCGUUCAGUUGCUCCCGAAAUACAUGACGCUACUGCCGCGGCUUUAUGUUUUACGACGGACAGGCUGCUCGGAGUGGGACUCACUGUCGUAACGCACAUAUGUGAGGCAUAUGCCCGUUGGGCCAUUGCAACCAAUCACGCCUCCAACUGCUCUAACCCUACGUUGGCCACAACAGAAGGCCGCGGGCUACGCUGCGGUACUACCCUCAGGCAUGUCUGGUUGUCGCUUGCUCACAAACACGGUCGCAAGCCAAAGCAGUAUUACGAUAUAACGCGUGUUUGCAUCCUCGAACGGAGCUUCACUCAUCACUGUCGCCUUACUACUGGGACCACGCCCAUAGUUCGGACGGUACUGCAAACUUCCCCUGCACUGUAUCUCAAAAGCUUUCAGAUAUUCCACGACUUAGGCAUCUUAGCUCAAGUCACGGCUUCCUCAAGAAACGACUCGCGUGGACCACCAGAAUGCUGGAAGUCGAGUAUAACAGAUGGUAUGCUUCGGAUGAGUUAGGAGAUGCCUGUUGCGGGGAAGAAAAAAACAGGGAAAAACAAAAACAAAUAGUGAGAGCGACUAAUGCAAUAGGGGCGAUUUUUCUGUUUUUUGGAUGGGAAAAUAAGACAAGCAAAACGGAUUGUUAGAAGCCUACUACAGGUGCGUCUUCUAAUGUUGGCGAUGGGGAAGAAUUCAGCACCAUCAUCUGGACACUUGUGCUUGUACAUGCAAAUGCACGACAUUGAAUGCAGAAAUUGCUAACGAUGUGGCACAGUGUAACUAAAAGGUAGACUAGUAAAAAAGGAAGUUUGGAGCGGUUGAGGUCUUAAAAACGAAGGUCAAAAAGGUAACAAGUGUGAACUGACCUAGCAAUUCAUAGUUACUACCAUAUUUUGGCCGGAUGUGGAAAGGUCCGUUUUGAAUUGCGACAAAGUACUUUGGCAAUUUAAAUUUACUCAAUGAUCAUCGGUUGUGGAUCUGUAUUCGAUCGGAUCUUUCAAAUGAAUAUGAAGAGGACCCGUAAAGUUCGCAGUUCAUUUCGGCGAUGUAUCGGCUUUAUAAAUUCUUAACAGACCUUUUAUUCAUGGAAAUAUUGCCAUUUUAUUUAGCUUUAUUUGGAAGAGUAACGAUUUGGCUAGCUUUCUCUCCUCAGUUCUGGGAAAUUCACCCACUUUACUUUUGAGAUUUCAAUUUCCUACUACAACUUGAAGAGCCCAAGGCUAUUGUUUCCUUUUGUGGACGUGGAUGAUCACCAUUCUGUCGCCCACUUUAAAAGCUAGGUACGCACCUUUCAUCGGGGGAAAGAUUGGAGCAAGCCUUUCUCUGGCUUAUCAGGCUACCGAGAUACUGGGCCCAACUUUUUCAGUAAUUUCCCUUUAAAUCAAGGAGAAAACAGUUUAAAUCUUGCGCAUCGCAGGUAAGGGGCUCAAGGUCUACUGUGAAGUGAUAUACAAGUCCUCUACCCAGAAAAUUAAUUGCGUUUUCCUUGAGAACUCUACCAGGGAAAAUCUAAGUUCUUCAGUCAUUUCAGUCCAGACAAGCGUUCCAAAUUUUGCAGCUGCGUUUGGCGGUCCUUUUGUAUCGUUCUUUUUAUCUGUUUUUUUUUAAAAAAAGAUUCCAACUGUGUUUGCACUCAUAAACGCAAAACUGGUGACAUCAUCGAUGUAGAUUUGAAGCUUUCUCGCCCUCGUAGUUAUCAGUCAUCUUAGGUGGGUAAUCGGCCGGAAGACUAUAAACACGAGUUAGUCAAAUAUUUGCGUCCUUAGAACAGUUUUCAUUUACUCUUUUAGAAAGUUAAACAUUGCUGUGUUAGCACUGGCGCUGUUCGUCUUAUUUAAGUAGUUGCGUAAAGGAGUCUGCGCCCGGGUUAGUUUGCCCGUCGAACUCGACAGACGCCAGUACUGUCCGUGGCGGCCGUGCCUUGUGUGUGAUUUGGACCGUCUUGGGCGGGACUUCUGAAGCAUCCACACUGCUUCUUUUAUUGACAAGACAGAGUCAAGACAGCCGACGCCGGCCGUUGUCGGUACUACCGACCUUUUAUGUAAAGCCCCGGUCAAUCCAUGUCACCCACGGGAUUCGUCAACUAACGCACGUGCGGAUGAAAUCUAAUAGAGCGCGCAACCCAAAAAACCAAUACAUAAACGGACAAAUAAAACGUUUAUCAGUUAAAACAAACGGCAAAGUAUGGUAGGCUAGAGAAGCAGAGGAAUAUGGUAGAGUGAUGAUGCGAUAGCAAAUUGCCUUUCAAUAAUGGCAUUUCCAACUGACUAUCGUAAGUAACGACCGCUUGCCGUAAAUUAACCAGUUUUGUAGGUUAAAUGAUUGGCACAUCCUCAUCGCCAUAUCUAACCUGGUGGCGUUUCUGGACGGACCACAGGAAGCCAAAAGCCGUGAAAAAAUCUAAACUUUGGGCAGACUGCAUGAAACUUUCGAAACGAGUGACUAUAUACCAACUGUUCUAACAAUACUAACUAUGCUAACCAAGCUAAUAAGCUAACUAUAAUAAAUAACUAACUAAAUUGUGAGUGAGCUGUGUGAAACUUUCAAACCGAGUAACUAUAUAAUAACUUCUUAUUUGACCAACUUUCUCACUUGACCGACUUUCUUAACGAGAUCUCCCGGGUCUCUCAGUGAUUGGAAGUAUCACUCAAACAUAAUUUCACAAAAUUUAAUGUCAAGAAUAAUCCCAGAAGCCGUCGUGGCUCGCAUGAAUAUGGUCGACCAAUCACUAUUCAGCAUUCUGAAACCCGUCAGCAUAUCGCAGUUUUUAAUCACUCCCGUCACUUACCGCUCUGGGUUGUCAUUUCGCAAGAACCUAAUCCAUCUUGUUCGAUAGCCUGAUGAUAGCUUUCACAAGACCGCCUUACUAAAUGGCCAUUAUUACCUCAUCUUAAAUUAAAAUGAUCGAGUUAUCUGAUCGUUUGGCAUCCUUCCAAGCGUGUCAUGAUAGCUCAGGGGUGCCUUAGAUUUAGGCCGCCCAAGUUGGGCCCCUCCUACCAUCGCGCGUUAUAGCCAGCACUACGUAAAGAUGACUGGACACUAAAUCAAGCACGGUUGCUGACGUUGCGUAACGCCGUGUACUUGGUCGUCUCCUAUCUGGAGUUAACGCAAUUGCACCGCACGUUUCGUAGGCUAUGAAGGCAGGUUUUCAAAAUCAACUUCGAAGUGUCCUUCAAAUGUUUCGUAAACUCUCUUGCCUACACAGCCAUUUCCGUUAUCACUGUUUCGAUAAAGUUUACCCUCGCGAAAAACCAUUUUUUUCAGAAAACUUUUUGUCUGUUGUCUCACCUAUAGUUGGAAAUCUCGUUUAAACCUUUACAGAUUGAGUGGUCUGAAAUUAACGCCGCCUGGGGUCAGUGUGCUCUGCUGCUUCAGUGUCUUGCAAAGAAGCUCUCCCACACAUUCACUGCGUAAGUUUUUAUCCCAAUACUUUCGGUUUGAAAUCCUGACUGGCAAUGAAUGGUCAGGGCGAUUUCACUGAGACCCUAAUUCAAUUCAUUUAUGAACAUCAGUUAGCAGGAAAGAGGCGAAACCGCUUGUCUCGAGUGGUCUUGCAUAUCCUGGAUACUGGGCACACUUUCGCUUGGCACAAAAUCCGCAUUGUAGACGUCUACCCUUUUAAGAAAGGCCGAGAGUUCCUCGAGACCAUGCACUGGGAUGAAUCAUGGACCAGUCGGUAUAUUGAGUUGGUUGCCGCGCACAAAAAUGUCAGGAACAAAUUAAAGAGAUGACUACCACUCUAAACAGGGUGAUGUCGCAGGGCGCCUGCGUACCGACACAUACGCGGCGACCUGUGGGACUGGCGUCGAAAACUUUCGUCACUUUUCCUAAUGAACCUAUUUACCUUCGACGGCAGCGAGUAAGAGUUCGAUGAGCGGCGCUAAAAUCCUCAGCGGGACAUCAGCUUCGUGGACUUUUGGGAGGCCAUACGCGUUUGCGAUAUGGGGAUCAUUGAGGGUCGUCAACUUGGAGUCAUCUGGACCGAUAACUUUCAGACGAGCGAGUUCAUUGACCUUCUUGAUGGCUGCGGCCUGCCUUUUUGUUGGGUCUUCGGCUAGAAGACUAUAGGCCUCCAUGCCACUGAAGAUUUUAUUCGCCUUGUUAACGUAGUCUCGUGUAAUAAGCAUGCCCGAUGCGCGAACUCUGACCCGCCUGCUGGCAGAGGAUUGGCUUUGGUUUCUCCGUGGCCGACCGCUGAGGUGCUCGGAAAAUAAAUAAGAUUCUUUGGGGAGAAAAUAACCUUUAAUGCGUAAAUUUUGGAGACUGGUUCCCCAGCUCGUCGUCAGACUUGGGUUAUGUACAAAAACAGUUAACUAUUUAACCGUGUCGAACUAGUGAUUCUAUUGGUUGGCCGAAGCCUGCGCCAAUGCGCGUCAAUGGUUUUUCGUCAUCCUCUCGGCACUGACUGCGCUCGCUUCCAUUUGUCCUUGAGGAAUUUGUAUGGGGCAUCUAAAUUGAUAUGCCGAUUGAUGCAUGCCUCAUCUGAGUUCAUUGCCUCCAGGAAUUCGCGGCCCUUUCCUUAUUGGGCAGACGCCAAAAAUGCGAGUGUUCUCUUAUGCAAAUUGGUGUCCGUGGUGGUGGUGUGUGCAUAGCCACCUGGGAUAGAUGAUCUCAUUUCUUCACCGCUAACUGAUGCUCAUGUAUGCGGAUCGAGACAGAUCUUCCAGUCUGACCACAAUAGACGGCAUUACAACUGGAGCAUGAGAUCUUGUAGACCACCCUUUCUUUCGAGAUAGCCAACCCUGUCCUCAGGGUGUACAAGCUGUGUACGCAAGGUGGUUGCAGGUUGGUGUGCUACUUGUACCUGAUGCUUUUUCAGCUGUCUUUCGACGAGCUCAGAUACAAUUCACGCAUGGGAGAGUCCGCCGGCUGAAUGUUUUUGGUGCCUGGGCGGCCGUAUUGUUCGAAAUACCUUUCUUUUUAAACUCAUGCCUCAUGCAAUGACGUGCAAAGUUGCGUGGGUAACCGUUGUUGAAAAAUAAUUUCUGCUUGAUAGCAUUCUUAAUCAGAGCAGUGUGUUUUAGCUCGGUUUAGCAGGCUGUAGACAGUACUCCUCUUGUGAGAGACGGGAUGAUUACUCUCAAAAUGUAGGAUGACCUCUGAGUAUGUUUCUUUGCGAUAAACUGAAGUGUGAAGGGAUCCAUCAGUUUUUAGGUUAACGAGGACAUCUGGAAAUGGGAGUUGUCCAUCAACCACUGUUUUGAAAGUGGAUUUGAUUCCUGGAAAUGUGGGGUUCAGAUUCGCGGCCUUUCCUCAUUGGGCAGGCGUCAACAGUGCGAGUGUUCUCCCAUGCAAAUUUGUGUUCAGUGUCCAGUGUGUGCAUAGCCACCUGGGGUAGAUGAUCUCGUUUCUUCACCGCUAACUGAUGGCAAUGUACUCGAGUUGAGACAGAUUUCUGUUUGGCUGCAAUAUACGGGAUCACAAUCAGCACAUGGGAUUUUGCGAAUAAUUCCUUUUCUAUCGAGGUAGCCAACCCUGCCCCUAGAGUAUACAAGCUGUGUGCCUAAGGUAGAUGCCUGCUGGUGUGCUAUGUGUAUCUGAUGUUUUUGGCUGCCUUUUGGCUAGUUAAAAUACAUUUUGCACGUAUAUAAGAGUUCGUCAGGUGAUUAGUUCAGGUGCCCGGGUGGCCGUCGCACCGAAAAUACCUUCCCCUUAAAUUUUUGGUGUCUCGCAUUAAUGUUAAAAGUUAUGAGGGUACACACUCUGGGAAAAAUAGUCUGUGGAGGUAUUUCAUUUCUGCUCGAUAACUUGCUUCAUCAGGCCAGUGCGUUUUGGCUCGAUUCAGGAGGCUGUAAACUGUACUCCGUUUGCGAGAGACAGGAUAGUUACUCUCGACAUGUAGGAUGACCCCUGAAUAUGUCCUCUUUGCGAUAAACUGAUGCAUGAAGUGAUCUAUCAGCUUUUUGACUUACGAGCGCACCCGGGAAUAGUUGUCCAUCAACCGUCGUCCUGUAAACAUAUGGUAUGUCUUAUCGUCCUUCAUAGUCCUACAGCUUUCGAUGGAACAGUUCCCUCAUUUUCCUAUUCCGUAACGCUUUUAGAUACUCUAUACUGCCGCUGGGGAAUCAGUCACAAAUUAUUCAACUAGCCACUGACAGGGCCUUCCCUCUUUAUAACUCUCCCGGAAGUAUUCGCCUUUUCAAUGCUGGCAAGUACGUAAUUUUGCAUAAAUGUCUAUUUAGGCGUUUCUUAAUAUUUUUUAAAAAAAACUAGUCAAUAAUUCGAAUCCUGUCUUCUUACUACAUAACGACUUGUCUCUGACAAAAUGUAGGAAGUCGUUGUCGUGGCUUUUUUUGACUACGUGGGCCAUUCACCUUGAAAGGUCUUUCUGUUCGCCUAUAACCAGUAAAUUUCACCCGGUGAUAGUUGUUCACUCAGAUAUUAUUUAUUUUGACGUUAAUUGCCUUUCUAGUCCCGCCGGCUCAGAGUGACGCGCAACCAAAAUUCCCGAGAACCUUAUCGGAAGCCGCGACGAAUUCCUAAUCCCACUCACCGAGUUAUGUUAAGUUGGGCAGCUUUUUAAAGCGUUUUUUUCUAUUGGGGUGAUCCCUCGGUGUUCGAAAGGCGCUACCGAGAAGGCGGGACACUUGAAGGCCAAUUUGCUUCGUCGCCGUCGGCCAGCCAAAAGCGAGGCCCGGAGAGCCGUUGUCGUUACUGCCGAUGUGCGCGUUGCAACUCCCGCGCCCAGUUACGACCACCCCAUGAAAUCGAUGGUUAUAGAUAAUGAAUCGCCGUGGAGACAGUCGUGAACUGGUUUCCCAUCGUCGGUAUUACGCCGUGGACUGCAGCUACACACUUACGCGAGUGAUAGCUUUGUGCGCUUGGUAUUGGGAGGUACUGGUUCCCCAUUUCACCAGUGUUUUCUCUGCUUUGUGCCCUUCGAGGUCAUUACCAUGCCUGCUGAGUUUUCACGCACAUGGCUGUGAUAGAUGAUGCUAAGCUCUUUCAUGUGGCUUAUCCCUUUAUCAUAUCUCCGACCGGUGGGAUGUUUUCGAAGCCAUAUCUCAAGAAAGUGUGCAUUGUCAUUGGUUUGAUGUCUGUAUUGAAAUGUCCGUGUUCAUAUCCUUUGUUCAAGUAUCCUUCUUCGUGCACCUGACCUCAGCCUAGCGACGUUCUUCAGAAUGGCCUAUUAGGGUUUAACGGGCUACUUUCGUGCACGUUUUUAGUCUUUAAAUGACAGGAGAACGCGCUUCGCGACCAGACAAGGUCGUUAAUUACGAGACUUCUGAGAGUUAAGGCAUCUGGCCACUGAAAAUAUAUUUCUUGAUUUGUAAAGUUAAUGCAAGAAACGCAUUUCGAGCCAGUCGCUUUCCUUGGCGAAGAUCUGGAUGAAGGCCAUGUUGUUGUCUAUCCAAUAGCUAAAGCAUUGCCAGAGAGAGCAGCCCCCUACUGCCAGGCCUUUUUCUAAUGUUUCGGUGUUGCAAAGCCCUACUGAAUCAGCCUCUUAGUCAUUUCUCCAGUCUUGGAUUUUGCUUCGCCAUUUCAGCCUUUUUUCUCGGCCACUAAAUCCUGUGAAAUCCCACCCGUCCAUCUUCCCCCGUCUUCUACUUUUGUCGUCCAUCCAUCUAUGUGACGUUUCAUUUGAUUUUGAUAGAUUUGACACCGCCAUGACGAUGUUUCUUGAAUGCAUGAAUCAACUCCAGGAGAUAGUUGAGCGACCUCCGAAGUUCGAAUUGCCGUAUAAAAUCCUGGAAAAGGGUCGAAUGCGCGACACAGAUAACCAGAUUUACUCAAUCCGGUGAGUCCGCACUGUCCGGGUUGCCUUUUGGCCUCCUGUUUUUUUUCAUUACAUCGUCCUUUUUGUUGUGACGAUAGACUCACCGGAAGCAGCGAGGAAAACUGGACAAAGUGCCUGAAGAUGCUGCUUAUCAAUCUUAAAUGGAUUAUUGCUUCAACUGUGGUGCCACGGUAG